UUAAAACCAUCCCAAUCUACACCGACGUACUAAGAGGGAGAUAGAGAGAGCUGGCCGGCCGGAAAAUGAUGAUGAGAGGGGCAGCUGUGAUGGUGAUAAUGGUUUCUCUUUCAAGCGCCAUGUUCUUCUUCUUAGCUUCUGGCUACGAAUUCUACGCUCUGUGCAACAAAGCCAAGUUCCCGGAUACUAACCCUCUGGAGAGUGCUGCCGAAGCUGCGCUAGCCAACUUGGUGAACGGCGAGGUGGCCGGCCUGCAUCGUUGCGCUGAUGGAACUUCUGACAUCUACACAAUGCACGGCGAAGCUAGCUGUGGAAGCUCGGAUGGCUGCGACGACUGCCUCAACGCCGCCAAAAGUUACUUGCUGUUGAUUUGCAGUGGUCACCUUGGAGGCCAGGCGCACGACAACAGUGGUUAUUGCUCCAUCAGGUUCGAGAACUACAUUUUCUGCACAUGAAAUUCAUCAACUUAUAAACCUAGCUCUACGUACGGCUCUACCUACGUACUCCAGCUGAUCGAACCCACAUCGCAUCAGUGAGGAAUAAGAACCUAAUACACGACGGGCCAGUUUGUCUUUUCCCGGCCGAACUAGAGAGAUCUCUGUAGCAAACAACGAUAUAUAUAAUAAUGCUCUUUACAGUUUAUAUGCAGUCGUGGUGUUUGGAACGAGAGUUUUCGUUACAUCCUGUAAAAAAAAAAAAAAAUCAUCUUGUUGGGACUUUUAUUGGGACGAGGGUACACGUACGAUAGCCCGAGAUUGGGUGACCAGGAUUAUGAUAGAGUAGUGAACUACGUUCACUUUCCGUAAAAAAUAUUUCCACCCUCAACAAGUCUAGGGUUAUAGGAAAUUUCUUCGUAGGAUAAAACUAUCACCACUUUAUGUUCCAGGGUUAAGUACCUAAAGCAUACUUAGAAGUUUAGUAGGAAGAAGAAUGAAUUUUUGGUGUCUCCAUUGUCUCCACCCGAACCACUCCAUUUAUAUUGGAUGAAUGAGUGCUUUGAGAAAAUGUAAUCUUUCAAUUAUGUGGGUAGUUUCAUUCUGCCAAACGUUGGCAUUAUCUAGUGGCCAACUGCCAUUUUUACCCAACCCACGCAACCAAUCAGGGAAGAUAAAUAAGUGGCCUUUCAUGGAGAUUUAAUUAAAUUCAGUGGACAUAUCUCUUCAUGAGGAGAUGCUUUAUUUUGCCAUGCAUUACCAUGUUUGGUCAUUAAUGGACGUCCAUGGAAAAUUGAAUCAAAGCAAUGUUCCUUUAUUUUAAUUAAUGGACACCUCCAUCCAGGAAAAUGACAUCCAAAUCGGUUCUGUUAGUUUUGAUCCAAAUCGAUUCUAUUAAAUCUCCAACAAUCCUCCCUAUUUUAGUGUAUUCAUAGAAUUCACUAAAAUCACAACAUUCUUCCAACAAAAACUUAAGUAUAAAUGAAAAUGUCGUGACGAUUGAAUUUUCACCUUAGUAUAUUAUACCUGACAAAUAUUCGAAUACAAAGGGUGUCGGUAACGAUUAAACCCAUUGACUCAUAUGAAUAUUCGAAGAUAAUAUACACUUAAGUUUUCAAAACUUUUAAGUGCCUUGACACUAUUAUCCGCCAUGUGUCCAAUCCUUAUCAUAAGCGCACACGAAACCAAAGUCCGGAUUUCUUGAAGCGGCUACACUUCAUGCUUACGUAGGUUGAAUCUCUUAUUCGUACCCGCAUAAUACACUUUUUCAAAGAUUCAAUUAAGAAGUUUUAAACUUCAUCCUCUUCUCUCAUGCAGGAUAACAAGCACAUACCUCGGGAUGACAAAUUUUGUGCUUUCAAUUUCUGAUAAUAAGCUUUCCGCAUUGAAUUCAGCCUCUAACGUUGUAUUAGAGGGGAAUUGGGUGUCCCAUUAUCAGAAAUUAUAUGGACUUUUAACCCAUCCCAUUCACAUACUUGACCACCAAGUCACUAGUUAAUCAUUUCGUCAAAUGAUAAAACUAAAUUAUCUCAAGUCCGGUCACAUUACAUUGGCACAAUUCCAUGGGUGAUCAAUUCACAGAUUUUACAGUGCCUAAGUCCCACGCGACCAUACUUUUCAUUUCACUUGGCUAUAUGCCUUAGUCAAAUUAGCAUUACUAUCACAAAUGAUAGUAAUAGGUGAGGUUGGUUUAGGCCAUAAAUAUAUGUCGUAAACCAAACCUCUCAACAAUUAUGUCUCUUCUCUAAGAGAAACCAAGACCACACAAACUUUGAUUCCAUAGUGAAACUUAGUGAUACAAGUUUGCUUUCUAGAGGCCCAAAAUAUGGCACCUCUCCCAAGCAAGAGGACUCAUCUCAAUGUUGAAGUAUCACCUUUAACAUGAGAAAUCCAACUAACAUCAACAAAUCCUUCCAAAAUUGAUGGUAAGCCACUAUAAGUCAAUACAGUGUGCCUUUGACA